AUGCGCUGCUGCUUUGGCUGCGCUCGCUUUUGUAACGAUACAGACAGAAUUGCGUCUAAUGGCUGCAAGCGAGAUCUCCCAACUCUAAUGAAAUUAGUACGUUAUCGUAGAAUUGAACGAAGAAAGAUGGUAUGGCUUAGCCGCACUUUCCCUGUUGUCCUUGUUGGCCUUGUCAUUUCUUCUUCCUGCAUCACACCGUGUGCAGACGUCUCGCUGGCAUCAUCAUCUAACAGCACCUACUUUGAGACGCAACCGCAAAAUUUGGGCUUAGUAUCAUAA